AUGGAUAAAGAAUGCAAGUAUUCCCAAUGUCUUCUGCUUCUGUUAUUUGCCUGUAAAUUUUGCUUGUCCAAAGGAGUUGACACCCUUUCUAGAGGCCAAAGUCUUUCAGGAAAUGAAACCAUUGUAUCAAAAGAUGGAACAUUUGAAUUGGGAUUCUUUGCAACAGGCCGGUCUAAUAAUGUCUAUUUAGGCAUUUGGUACUCAAGUUUGGCACCCAAGACCAUAGUCUGGGUAGCGAAUAGAGUAGAACCAAUAUUUAACACAUCCCAGACUUCAAGACUUGAAAUUUCUAAGGACGGUAAUCUUGUAUUGUUGGAUCAUUCUGGAAGUAUUGCAUGGUCAACAAAUUUGGUGUCUGCACCAGCAAGUUCUGUUGAAGCUGUACUUCUUGAUAACGGAAAUUUUGUACUCAGGGAAACUUCAAAUGCGUCAAACUUAUUCUGGCAAAGUUUUGAUUACCCUACUGAUACAUGGCUGCCAGGAGCAAAAUUGGGCUACAAGAUGCUAUCUUCCAAUAACAGCUAUGAAGUUCAACGUUUAGUUUCAUGGAGAAGUACAGACGAUCCCGCUCCUGGGAUGUUUUCACUCGUGUUAGACACAAAUACAUCAGGCAGUGAAAUUCUCAUACAGUGGAACAAGUCUGUAAGCUAUUGGAAUAGUGGAAUCUGGAAUGGUUCAAUGUUUCCCUCAGCUCCUGAACUGAAAUAUUUAAUUAACUUGACUUUUGUUUCAGACCAAAGUGAGACAUAUUACACUUACUCGGCAUUUGAGUCUGCUGUAGUUCUAUGGAGAUUCGUAAUGGAUACAUCUGGACAGCUAAAGCUGCUACAAGCUACGCGUGGCUUGGGCUAUGGGGCUUCAGCUUUAACGUUUACUCAACCAAUAGAUCAAUCUGAUGUCUAUGCAUUUUGUGGGGAAUUUGGUGUUUUUACCGGUAACUAUUCUUCCUCUUGCACAUGUUUGGAAGGCUUUGAGAGCACAAAUGAUGGGGUUCCCGGCUGUGCACGAAAAACCCCACAGCGGUGCAAAACUAGUACCUCACCAGAAAGGGGAAAUGCUGGAUUUUUACCAAUUUCAAACAUGACACUUCCUGGUAAUCCACAGUCACUUCUUGUUGAAAAUGCGGACGGUUGCAAAUCAGCUUGUCAGGAGAACUGCUCUUGUACAGCUUAUUCAUAUGGUGGUAGCGGUUGCUUAAUUUGGAUUGGAGCUCUAUUAGACUUAAAGCAGGCCGUGGAUGUGAAAAAAAAACUACACCUGAAGGUUGCAUCUUCUGAGAUUCAAGUGCCUCCAACUGUUUCAGGGAACAAAGACAAUUCAGGGGACAAAAAACGAUCUAGUAUAAUUGUAGCAGUGGUGGUUCCCUUGGCAGCCGCUAUUUUAGGAGGAUUCAUCAUUUUCGUCACAUGGAAGAUCAAGCAAAGAGGCGGUCGCAAGAAAGAAUCAAGCGAGGAUCUACUAUCAUAUGAUUUUGAUUCCAGCAACAGUGAAACAGAUAGUGAAACGAAGAAUGCAAAUGAUGUUAGGCAAGGAAAAAAGGGUGGUCUUAUUCUACCCUUUUUCAGCUAUGCAAGUGUGUGCACCGCUACAAACAAUUUCUCAGCAGGAAAUAAGAUUGGUGAGGGAGGAUUUGGUCCAGUCUACAAAGGCAAAUCCCUAAAGGGACAGGAGAUAGCUGUCAAGAGGCUUUCGAGAGGAUCUGGACAAGGGCUGAAGGAAUUCAGAAAUGAAGCUUUGUUAAUUGCAAAGCUGCAGCACAGGAAUCUUGUUCGGCUUUUAGGCUGUUGCAAUGAGCAGGAAGAAAGUAUACUGAUCUAUGAGUACAUGUCGAAUAAAAGUCUAGAUUCUUUCAUAUUUGGUUAG